UUCUUGCUCAGUUUCGCCUCGCUGCCAUCCACUUUCACCUCGGCCGCCUGUACGGCCGCCAUCUUCCCGCAAGGCCCGACCCAAAAGUAAGGAGGAUAGUACGUUAAUUUCCAGGUCAAGGUGCGAAGCCCCACCUCUUCCGGGGGAGAGGGGGCGGGCACUCUCGAUGCGCCGCGGCUGCUGCUGCGCAGGCCCAGUGCUGCGCUUCGCGGCAGAGGCGUCUGCGGUGACAGCUCAGUCAGUUGAGCUGUGUGUGCCAGGCGCUCGCGAGGGGGCAGCUCUUCUAAUAGUGCUCGGCGUCAGACAUGGCGGAGGCGAUGGAUUUGGGCAAAGACCCCAACGGGCCCACCCAUUCCUCGACUCUGUUCGUGAGGGACGACGGCAGCUCCAUGUCCUUCUACGUGCGGCCCAGCCCGGCCAAGCGUCGGCUGUCGACGCUCAUCCUGCACGGCGGCGGCACCGUGUGCCGAGUGCAGGAGCCCGGGGCCGUGCUGCUGGCCCAGCCCGGGGAGGCGCUGGCCGAGGCCUCGGGUGAUUUCAUCUCCACGCAGUACAUCCUGGACUGCGUGGAGCGCAACGAGAGGCUGGAGCUGGAGGCCUAUCGGCUGGGCCCCGCCUCGGCGGCGGACACCGGCUCGGAAGCAAAGCCCGGGGCCCUGGCCGAGGGCGCCGCGGAGCCGGAGCCGCAGCGGCUCGCGGGGCGGAUCGCCUUCACGGAUGCGGACGACGUAGCCAUCCUUACCUACGUGAAGGAAAAUGCCCGCUCGCCCAGCUCCGUCACCGGUAACGCCUUGUGGAAAGCGAUGGAGAAGAGCUCGCUCACGCAGCACUCGUGGCAGUCCCUGAAGGACCGCUACCUCAAGCACCUGCGGGGCCAGGAGCAUAAGUACCUGCUGGGGGACGCGCCGGUGAGCCCCUCCUCCCAGAAGCUCAAGCGGAAGGCGGAGGAGGACCCGGAGGCCGCGGAUAGCGGGGAACCACAGAAUAAGAGAACUCCAGAUUUGCCUGAAGAAGAGUAUGUGAAGGAAGAAAUCCAGGAGAAUGAAGAAGCAGUCAAAAAGAUGCUUGUGGAAGCCACCCGGGAGUUUGAGGAGGUUGUGGUGGAUGAGAGCCCUCCUGAUUUUGAAAUACAUAUAACUAUGUGUGAUGAUGAUCCACCCACGCCUGAGGAAGACUCAGAAACACAGCCUGAUGAGGAGGAAGAAGAAGAAGAAGAAAAAGUUUCUCAACCAGAGGUGGGAGCUGCCAUUAAGAUCAUUCGGCAGUUAAUGGAGAAGUUUAACUUGGAUCUAUCAACAGUUACACAGGCCUUCCUAAAAAAUAGUGGUGAGCUGGAGGCUACUUCCGCCUUCUUAGCGUCUGGUCAGAGAGCUGAUGGAUAUCCCAUUUGGUCCCGACAAGAUGACAUAGAUUUGCAAAAAGAUGAUGAGGAUACCAGAGAGGCAUUGGUCAAAAAAUUUGGUGCUCAGAAUGUAGCUCGGAGGAUUGAAUUUCGAAAGAAAUAAUUGGCAAGAUAAUGAGAAAAGAAAAAAGUCAUGGUAGGUGAGGUGGUUUAAAAAAAAUUGUGACCAAUGAACUUUAGAGAGUUCUUGCAUUGGAACUGGCACUUAUUUUCUGACCAUCGCUGCUGUUGCUCUGUGAGUCCUAGAUUUUUGUAGCCAAGCAGAGUUGUAGAGGGGGAUAAAAAGAAAAGAAAUUGGAUGUAUUUACAGCUGUCCUUGAACAAGUAUCAAUGUGUUUAUGAAAGUAAGAUCUAAAUCAGACAGGAGUUGGUCUACAUAGUAGUAAUCCGUUGUUGGAAUGGAACCCUUGCUAUAUUAGUGACAAAGUGAAAGGAAAUUUAGGAGGCAUAGGCCAUUUCAGGCAGCAUAAGUAAUCUCCUGUCCUUUGGCAGAAGCUCCUUUAGAUUGGGAUAGAUUCCAAAUAAAGAAUCUAGAAAUAGGAGAAGAUUUAAUUAUGAGGCCUUGAACACGGAUUAUCCCCAAACCCUUGUCAUUUCCCCCAGUGAGCUCUGAUUUCUAGACUGCUUUGAAAAUGCUGUAUUCAUUUUGCUAACUUAGUAUUUGGGUACCCUGCUCUUUGGCUGUUCUUUUUUUGGAGCCCUUCUCAGUCAAGUCUGCCGGAUGUCUUUCUUUACCUACCCCUCAGUUUUCCUUAAAACGCGCACACAACUCUAGAGAGUGUUAAGAAUAAUGUUACUUGGUUAAUGUGUUAUUUAUUGAAUAUUGUUUGUGCUAAGCAUUGUGUUAGAUUUAAAAAAUUAGUGGAUUGACUCCACUUUGUUGUGUUGUUUUCAUUGUUGAAAAUAAAUAUAACUUUGUAUUCGA